AUGGCCCCGCGGAAUCUCACUCGCUCUGCGCGCCAGCCCGAGACCAUGCAGCAUGACCGAUUAGAGACCGAGGAGCGUCCGUUGCUAUCGGAGGAGGACCAGUGCAGCGAUGACCACACGACUCGGAAGGUGAAGUCGUUUCGCGAUCCUUCGCCAGCAUGGGCCAUCCUCCUCUGGGGCAUGUUCGCCAUGAGCGGCGGCACCUUCGUCGUCCCCGAAUUCAACGCCAACCUCGCCCUAGUCUGCCACCAGCGAUACGCACCCAGCACGUCCCAACCCGGCCAGUCACUCGGAAAACUCACCCUCAUGGAAGAACUCGAGCUUUGCCUGGGCGACAAAAACGCCCAAGCAGACGUCUCCCGACUAAUCGUCUACUGCCAAUUCACAGCCGGAAUCCUCUCAGCCAUCACAGCGCCGAUCCUAGGCUCCCUCUCUGAUCGGAUAGGCCGGAAACCUAUCCUAGCACUCAGCACAACGGGCAUCCUUCUUUAUAACGCAGUCAUGCUGCUCAUCCUACGGUAUCCCGAUGCAAUCGACGUCCGCUGGAUACUCGUCGGUUACGCGAUCGAGGGAUUGGGCGGGACGUAUAUCACCGCCAUCGCGGCGUCGCAGGCUUACAUUACAGAUCUGUCCAGUCCGCGCGAGCGCGCCACGCUGUUCAGCUACAUCCAGGCAUGUACAUCGCUCGCGCAGGCGGCCGGUCCCUUGAUCGCGGGUAUCCUCAUCGCAUCGAUCAACUCCUUCGAAGGCAUAUACUGGAUAUCCUUCGCCUCGUACCUCCUCCUCACACUGCUCUUCCUAUUCGUCCUGCCCGAGUCGCGCUGGGCGCGCUCAGCCACUGACGACAGGGGAAUAAACCUUGAUACCACGCUGCGCGAAAAUCCACUGCAACAGGUAUACUCCUCGUGCAAAUCGCUUUGGGAGAGCAGUGCGAACCGCCGUGCGAAUUUGGCCAUUCUGGCCGUUAUCGAGCAGUUCGUCUUCGCCGUUAUGACGUGUCUCCCCCCGCUGCAGAUGGCGUAUUCAUCAUACCUAUUCCACUGGCACCCCACGACGCAGAGCUUCUACAUGGCACUCGUCAAUACAUGGAGUAUCCUGGUGCUCGUUGUUCUUUUCCCGGUGAUAAUGACCAUCGUGCGACGGCACAUCCGCCGAAAGCGAAAUCGAACACACUCAACUGUGUUUAACACGGGCGAACUAGGCGCUAUUCGAACCAGUCUGAUACUCCAGAUUUUGGGCUACGCGGGCGUAGCGGUAACUCGGUCCCCGGCGUGGUUUAUUUUCUCGUCGUUGAUCUUUGCGUGCGGGAAUCCGGUUACGCCGUUGUUGACGUCGAGUUUGACGGCGCAUGUGCCGAGUGAGCAUUCCGGGCAGUUGUUGGGGAUGUUGAGCUUUUUGCAUGCGAUUGGGAGGAUUACGAUUCCGACGGCGUUGAAUGCGACGUAUAGUGUGACGAUUGGUGUGUUUCCGCAGGCGCUAUUUGUGGUGUUGGCGGGGUCGGUCUCGGGGCUUUUUUUGGCGAGUUUGUGUGUUAAGCAUCAUGGGUCGGGGUCGUCGCGGUAG